AAAAAAAGAAUAAUUUUGCUUGUGAAGAAAAUUGCUUUCCAUCAAAGGUGCCAUGAAAGGUCAGCGUGUGUCCGACUGUGAGCUCAGAUGUUGUAGAUCUGCUGCCUGGAUCGUCUCCGGCCUGCUGGCUUCCCUGUUUCUCAUCGCCGUCUCCAUCAUUCGUGCACCCAGAGAUCUCAAUCUCAACCUCAAACUCGAACGAAGAUCAGUUUCCACCAAUACUACAAAUGCCCCAGUGACAACACAGUCUGACGUGCGACUGGUGAACGGCAGGAACCCGUGUGAGGGUCGGGUGGAGGUUCUCCACAACGGCUCGUGGGGGACGGUGUGUGACGACGACUGGGACAUGGUGGACUCGAACGUGGUGUGUCGACAGCUGGACUGUGGAGUGGCCGUGGCCGUGGGGAGCAGCUCCAGGUUCGGGCAGGGAUCCGGGCCAAUCCUGCUGGAUAACGUGGACUGUAAAGGGGGAGAGAUGGACUUGAGUCAGUGUGGGAAUCAGGGAUGGGGCGUCCAUAACUGCUACCACUAUGAAGACGUGGCCGUCACCUGUAGAGGCAAUAAUGUGGUGGAGUCUCGAGGCCUGGAGCCAACAACACCGUCCCGUCUGGCCUCGGGUUUGAGAGACGGUGUGAUCCGGCUGGCCGGCACGGCGGACCGCUGUCAGGGCCGGGUGGAGAUCUACUACCAGGGCAGCUGGGGGACGGUGUGUGAUGACGACUGGAGCAUGGCAGACGCGGCGGUCGUGUGUCAGCAGGUCAGCUGUGGACAAGCACUCGCUGCUCCCACCAACUCUUACUUCGGCUACGGCACGGGCCGGAUUCUGCUGGAUAACGUCAACUGUAACGGGCAUGAGAGCAGCCUGAGCUCCUGUUACAGCCUGGGGUGGGGAGUGAAUAACUGCGGGCAUCAUGAGGACGCUGGUGCCAUCUGCUCAGGUUCAAGUUCGACUGUGGUCCCGUUUAUCAACACAGAGACUUUAGGCAGAGGAUUCAUCGUUCCAGAAACCACAGCAGUGACAGAAAUGCCAGUGCCAGUUACUGAGACGACGACCACUGUGUCCACUGCAUCCUCAACCACUAAAGAGAAGCCGAACGUCCGUGUGGUGAACGGCCUGAACCGCUGCCAGGGCCGAGUGGAGGUGCUCUACUUCACCAUCUGGGGGACCGUGUGUGACGACGACUGGGAUAUGGACAACGCUCUGGUGGUCUGCAGACAGCUGGGAUGCGGCCCGCCUCUGGCUGCCAAGUCUCUGGCGUACUUCGGCCAAGGCUCCGGUCCCAUUCUGCUGGAUAACGUCGACUGCAGUGGCCGUGAGCAAAAGCUGACCGACUGCUUUAAUCUGGGCUGGGCACAGCACAACUGUGGCCACUACGAAGACGCAGGAGUGAUCUGUGCACCGCCUUUGGAAUUUGAGGUACCGGUAAUAGGAAGAGACUUAGGCGUAGGGAUAACAGAGGGACUUACUACAACUACAACUGCAACUACAACCACGACACCAGCGGAAGCUACCAUCAGGCUCGUGGGAGGCCUGCACCGCUGCGAGGGUCGUGUGGAGAUGUACCUGAGAGGGGAGUGGGGUACCGUGUGUGAUGACGCCUGGGAUCUGACAGAUGCUAAGGUGGUGUGUAGGCAGAUGGGCUGCGGGCUGCCUAGAAGCGCACAGGUACUGGCCUACUUCGGUCCCGGCCGUGGCACAAUCCACCUGGACAAUCUGAAAUGCACAGGCGCAGAAGAUACUCUCAUUCGGUGCUCUCACAUAGCAUGGAACGUCCACAACUGUGACCAUUCAGAGGACGCCAGCGUCACAUGUUCACUCUAAUGACUCCGCCCACCUCAAGCCACGCCCACCAGCCUGAUCCAAUAGGAAGGGGAUAGGAAUAGCAUCGACUACAGGACUUGUAUAAAUUUUGUACAUAACACCUCACGCCAACCCUGAAGAAUAGAUUUUAAAGAUGAAAUAGUUAUUUCGGUGUGAAACAAUGAAAAAUAAGUUAUGCUACUACUGUUAUAUAAAUAACUGUAAUAAAUAUUAUGAAUGAAAAUUCGAAUUAUGCACUUUAUAAACUAUACGAACGUGUACACAUAGGUGAAUAAAUAAGCUGAGGCUAUUGAUAUACAGUGGAAACCAAAGUUUUAGA